UGCUUAAGUAGACGCACACAACUCUCUCUUCUGCGCUGGAAAUACUUAGUGACUGAUUGCGUGCUGAAGGAAUAAUCGGGAAUUAUUAAUUAAUUUUAUUUUCACUCAAUACAGUGCUUUCGUGUUAAGACAGUUGAAUCGUCUAAAUGCAUCUGAUUCUUUGUACAGCUUUAGUAGCAAUUGUCAUUGCAGCAGAUGAGGUUGAAAGAGACUUGAGUACAGUGUUCCCGAACCACAUCUAUCCCAGGGAAUUCUUCUACAAAGACAAAAAUGAAGGCGACCAGAGGAUCGUGGGCGGGCAGGAGGCGCUGGAGCACUCGUUCCCCUACCAGGCGGCUCUGUUCCUGCCGGUGAAGGGCGGCCGGUCCUUCUGCGGCGGCUCAGUCAUCGGCGAGGAGUGGGUGCUGACCGCCGCCCACUGCGUCGACUCGCUGGUGAGCCCGGUGGAGGUGGUGCUGGGAGCGCACGACCUGCGCAGGACGGAGAGCUCCCAGGUGAACGUCAGCGGCGGCGAGGUUCACGUCCACCCGGGGUGGAACCGCACCACCCUGCUGAACGACGUCGCGCUCGUCAAGCUGUCUCGGAGGAUCGCCUACACCGAUUAUGUUCGGCCCGUGAGACUUCCUUCAAGAGCGCAGCUGUCGAGGACAUUUGCUGGAGAUCAAGCGACAGUGAGUGGUUGGGGUCUCACAUCUGAUGGAGACAGAUCCACCAGUCCGGUGCUGCGCCACAUCACCCAGCCCGUCAUGAUGAACUUCCUCUGCAACCUGCUGUUCUUCGGCAACGUGGCCAGCUCGCACGUGUGCACGUCCGGCGCGGGCGGGCGCACCACCUGCAGCGGCGACAGUGGCGGGCCCCUGGUGGUCGAAGAGGACGACGGGGAGAGGACCCAGAUCGGCGUGGUCUCCUUCGGCCUGGCCCUGAGUUGCGAGAUCGGUUGGCCUGCCGCCUACACCCGCCUCACGAGCUACAUGGACUGGCUGUCCGGGGUCACUGGCAUGCCCAUCCGGGACUAGAACCACACUCUGCUACCAUUUGGCACCACCAAAAUUCUUCAUGUCCAUAUUAUGUUACUGUUGUUUUGUCAACUCCAUUUGUAAACAACAUAUGUUGUUAGUAUUGUUCAUAAAAAAACACCACAUGUUGCUUUGCAACCACUGGUAGGCCUACUGAUUAUAAUGUUCUGUCUCACACACAAUGUUGAUUUUUAGUUUUUUUACAUUCAUUUUUAAGGGCUCUUUAUAAAAUUUAAUUUCAAUAUCGCCCUUGGAUUUGUUGUUCUGCCACAACAUAUUCACCAGAUAUUCACUUAGUGUAAUAAUAUGGGUGAAAAAAGUCGCGCAAGUGAUGAUAAUGAUGAAAAUUUGCAUGCCUUUUACAUCCAUGAUUUACACUAAUUGAAAAACUGUUGAAAUUGGGCUAGUUGUAAUUGUGACAGCUUGUACUAAGUGGAGAAGAAAUUUUAAAUAGCUUACGGACAUUUUUUAAUAACAAUGUUUGCAUUGUUAGUAUAAUAUGCUAUGGAUCAGUAUCAAACUGCUUUGUUUUCCAUUUACAUUAAAUACCAACUGUAAUGUUUAAAAUGCUUUCUUUGAAAUAAAUUGAUUUUUCUCCGAA